AUGUCUACAUUCCGCUUAUUCGAUCUUCCAGAGGAACUUGCCAUCAUAGUUACCACUUAUAUGGGAGUGAGGGACCUAGCUAAGUUCUGUCAAACUGCAUGGAACUCCAACCGACUCGGCCAGCUUGAGCUCUACAGCAAUCUAUCGCAUGAGGAAACUCGCUACAUAUUCCAGUGGGCCUACAACAGGCAGCAACCGGAGGCAGCAUUCCCAGUGAUCCACCGGUACAGCGAUACCUUGUCUGAGCAUCCCUCACUUGCUUUUGACGCCAUGCACCUUGCAUGUCGUUUCGGCCAUGCUCCGCUAACAACUGCUCUACUAGACGCCGGCGUUCCUCCCGAACGCAUGGAAACGACCGACAGUUCCGGCCGCCGCGAUAGCUUCAGCCCGCUGGACGUGGCUGCUACGCACGGCCAUGCGGACGUCAUGGACGCUCUUCUCACUGGAGGCGUCGACCUGAAUAAGCGCCGGUUCCUCGACAACUACGCCUUACUCUGCGGUAAGCGAAACUCUGUAAGUGUACGUCGCGUACUUCUCAAUCACGGAUUCGACAUCCACCAAGUCGAUGAAGAUGGGGACAACUUCCUGCACUACGUGUGCCGCCACGGCAAGGCCCCUCUACCGGAAAUCAUCCGAAUAAUUGAGGUACUACUGCAGCUAGGCCUCGAUAUCAAUCAGCCGAACGCGGAUGGGGAUCUGCCGCUCAUGCUUGCACUCAUGUCCCAAUCUAUUGGCGCGGUUCGGUUCCUGGUGUCCAAGGGAGCUGAUGUCAACGCUGUGGAUGCAAUCGGCCUUUGGCCGCUGGAACUAGCCAUGCAGCUGCCGGGGGAUCAAGACGAGAAGAUAUAUUGUCUCCUAAAGGGCGGGGCGACUAUUGAUGAGGAUUCUGGCUUGCAGCUUCUGCGCCUUGGACUUUCUCAUGAGAUCCGAGUACACUCUCUUGCACUUCUGGUAAGGGCCUGGAAAACGCAAGUCGCCACGUUCAAAUGCAAGGACCCCAAUGUUUUAUUCUGCGCCGCUGCCGCGGUCGGCGAUGUGGAACUGCUCGGUCAAGUGCUGCAGCACAAUCCAGGCACGCUAAAUGCAGACUGCAUUGUAGCUGGCACGACCGCGCUCACUGCAGCAGCCGCAUCAGGCCACACUGAAGUGAUCAAGUUCCUAAUUCCUCAUAUAACCUCCUACAACCACCUGAACCCAGACGGCCGCACGGCUCUACACGUUGCAAUUCUCUCCGGCUCCGAGGAAGCAGUCCGUCUCCUACUCCCCCACAGCCCAAUCGGCAACGCCGACACCACCAAGCGAAGUCCUCUUCUCUCCGCAAUCGGAUACCAACCACCUACCAUCGUAGCCAUGCUUCUAGACCGUCUAGUCAAUGGAGAAACAGGAACAGUCGAAACGACGCUCCUCCUGCCGCUCGAUAAAACACACAGGGGGCCAAAGAAACUGUCCCCGCAGGACCACGUCGAAGCCGCCCUGCAGCUCGCCGUAUUGACCGAAAACGCCCCCAUAGUCCGGCUACUCCUCAGACGCACCCCGGGGCUUGUCCAAGCCCAGCGGCGCAAUCCCCGCCUCCUGCAAUCCGCCCUCCCCCACGCCGAAGACGUCGCCGUCGCCCUGAUAACCUGGGGCGUCGACGUAAGCGGCACCCACACCAACGGCCACUCGCUCCAGACGGCGUUGUGGGAUUCCGUUGGACACGGGCGUGUUGAGAUUGUUAGGGCUUUGCAGCGCAGCGGCCAGUUUAGCCAUAUGCCGGUUUACGAGGGUCGGCGGUAUCGGGAACGGGCUGAGGCGGCGGCGGCACACUUGGGCGUGAGGUUUCCGAAGGAUGUCUUGGAUUGGUUUUCGGCGCCGCGUGCUGGUCAGUCUGGUUAUGGGACUGGGCGGCGUCGCUAA